GCAAGAGAAGGUGCCAAAGUCAUAGCCACAGAUAUCAAUGAAUCUAAACUUCAGGAACUAGAGACGUACCCGGGUAUUCAAACUCGUGUCCUUGAUGUUACAAAGAAGAAGCAAAUCGAUCAAUUUGCCAAUGAAGUGGAAAGACUUGAUGUUCUCUUUAAUGUUGCUGGCUUUGUUCACCAUGGAACCAUUCUGGACUGUGAGGAGAGAGACUGGGACUUUUCAAUGAACCUCAAUGUCCGCAGCAUGUACCUGAUGAUAAAGGCGUUCCUUCCUAAAAUGCUUGCUCAGAAAUCUGGCAACAUUAUCAAUAUGUCCUCUGUAGCUUCCAGCAUUAAAGGAGUUGUGAACAGAUGUGUAUACAGCACAUCCAAGGCUGCCGUGAUUGGCCUCACAAAGUCCGUGGCUGCAGACUUCAUCCAGCAGGGUAUCCGGUGCAACUGUGUGUGUCCAGGAACAGUUGACACCCCAUCUCUGCAAGAGAGAAUACAAGCAAGACCAAAUCCUGAAGAGGCACUGAGCGAUUUUCUCAAGAGACAGAAGACAGGAAGAUUUGCAACUGCAGAAGAAGUAGCCCAGCUCUGCGUUUAUUUGGCUUCUGAUGAAUCUGCCUACGUUACAGGCAACCCUGUAAUCAUUGACGGAGGCUGGAGCUUGUGAUUUCAGGAUCUCCUUGCCAUGCGGGAAGGCAGACCCUUCCUUUCCACAAUGAGCCUGGAUAUGAAGAAGACUCGCCGAUUAUUGCUUUUCAACAAAUGGCAUAUUAAUGAAAAUUUGCACCAUUUUUAAUAUAAUUGUUCACCAUAGUUUGAUUCUUUGAAUACAUU